GUCGACGCCGCCGCGCGCCGCUUCCCGUUCCGGCUGCGCUGGGACUCCUGUCAACAUGGCAGCGGCGGGUGGCCGGCGGCGGUGGUGGUUCCUCUGGGCGGCAGUGGCUCUGCAUGUGGUGGCGUCAGGUGCGGGAUUUGUGGAGGAUCUAGAUGAGUCGUUUAAAGAAAACCGUAAAGAUGAUAUUUGGCUCGUAGAUUUUUAUGCACCUUGGUGUGGCCACUGCAAGAAACUGGAGCCUGUGUGGAAUGAAGUGGGUAUAGAAAUGAAAAAUAUGGGCUCUCCAGUAAAAGUUGGGAAGAUGGAUGCAACUUCCUUUUCUAGUAUUGCAUCUGAAUUUGGAGUGCGAGGCUAUCCAACAAUUAAGCUCUUAAAAGGUGACUUGGCAUACAACUAUAGAGGACCUAGAACUAAAGAUGAUAUAAUUGAAUUUGCUAAUAGAGUAGCAGGACCUCUUAUCAGGCCACUUCCUAGCCAGCAUAUGUUCGAGCAUGUGCAAAAGAGACAUCGUGUACUCUUUGUGUAUGUUGGUGGUGAAUCUCCUUUAAAGGAAAAAUACAUUGAAGUUGCUUCAGAACUAAUAGUUUAUACAUACUUUUUUUCUGCCUCAGAAGAUGUGUUGCCUGAGUAUGUGACAUUGCCUGAAUUACCUGCUGUUGUGGUCUUCAAAGAUGGAACUUACUUUGUUUAUGAUGAGUAUGAAGAUGGUGAUUUGUCAUCCUGGAUAAACAGAGAAAGAUUUCAAGGUUAUCUUAAUGUAGAUGGCUUUACACUGUAUGAACUUGGAGAUACAGGAAAACUUGUGGCUAUUGCAGUCAUUGAUGAUAAAAACUCUUCAGUGGAACAUACCAGGCUAAAAUCUAUUAUUCAGGAAGUUGCUAGAGAUUAUCGGGAUCAUUUUCACAGAGAUUUCCAGUUUGGUCAUAUGGAUGGAAAUGAUUACAUUAAUAGUUUACUAAUGGAUGACUUGACAAUCCCUACUAUUGUUGUAUUGAAUACCUCCAAUCAGCAGUAUUUUCUACCAGAUAGACACAUUGAGAACACAGAAGACAUGGUUCAGUUUAUUAACAAUAUCUUGGACGGUACAGCUGAAGGACUUAAGAUUGCAAGGUCUGAAGAAUGAACUUUUGGAAUCAUAACUGAAAAGUGUCAGCAGUUUUGACAUGGUUCCAUUUGAAAUUUCAGGCACAGGGUGGUGAUGGACUUCUGCAACGAAUCAAGAGAAUAAUCUA